AUGGUGUAUCUUGGAGAUGAAGGUCUCAUGUUCGAACUUGCACAAGACGAGAUAGAAUGUGGAAUGGGUGUACACGGAGAAGUAGGAUAUCAGAGAAUGAAACUCAGAACCGCAUCCGAAGUUGUUACGCUAAUGUUAAAGCAUAUUUGCAAGGACUUAUCUUUAACUGCUAAUGACAUGGUCGCAGUUAUAAUUAACAAUUUUGGUGCUUUGAGUCAAUUAGAGCAAGCAAUUGUUGUUUACGAAGUUGUAAAUCAGCUCAAACAUAUGAAUAUAACACCUAUUCGAGUCUACUCUGGAGUUCUAAUGACAUCCUUAAAUAGCGCUGGAAUUCAUGUAAGUGUGUUAAAAUUAAACGGAAAGUAUAUGUUUACGUUGAUCACGUAUCUUGAUGCUGAAACGAUGGCACCAUGCUGGCCAGGCCGCAGUUAUAACAUUCCUUCAUCUUUUAUGCGCACUUCGUUUGAAGAAGAUGAACUAAAAGAACAUGAGACUAGUUCUGUUUCAGUAGUCAAAACUAGUAUAAACUCAGUUAUGAAGUCGAUAAAUGAGGAAGUAUCAUUAAGCUUUCCUUAUACGUCCUACAAUUAUGAUAAAAUAUGUGAUGAAACAUUGUUUAAUAAUUGUUUACAUGCUGUGUCACGUGUGUUUACAAAUAGCAAUACUCGAAAUUACCUUAAUGAGCUAGAUCGCGGUUGCGGAGAUGGAGAUUGUGGUGAUACAAUGCACACAUUUGGAAAUGAACUUGUUACUUAUCUUGAGUCACCAUGCAAACAUCUCCAGUCAGCAUUAUUUCAACUAGCAAAUAUAAUGUCAUGCAACGUAGGUGGAACUACUGGAGCCCUGUACUGUUUAUUCUUUACGGCCAGUGCAAAAAUAUUACCAUCACUAGCAAGUGAUCCAAAUAGUUUGGAUACACAGUGUAUUUGGUUUCGUGUGUUUUGCAGCGGUUUAGAUUGUUUAAAAAAAUAUGGAAAAGUGAAAGCCGGAGAUAGAUCUAUGCAAAACUGUCACAUAGUGUCCUGUGCGGUGCGCGGCAGUAGAAAUCGAGUCUCCGUACCGCUGAGUGUGCAAAGUAGUGAUAGCAAAAAUUUUUUCCGUUCCACAAUACUUUAUGCGCGCGCGCGUGUGUGUGUGAAAAGUUAUUUAAAAGCAAAUCUGGAUUUUAUACAGCUAGCCGGCCUAAGUAGUAAACGACGCAUUAUCGAUACGUAAAAUAAUGUAUCUGGCGCCUAAAGUGUCACUAUAGGGCAUAGACAUAUAAGAAUAGACUAGAAAUUGCGAGGUAGUCACUUUGCGACAUGUUGUAGCUACAUUGUGUGAAUUCGCGAAUCAGCGAAAAUAACCAAUCGCUUCUCUCUGAAGUUUCACAAAAUUUGACAGUAUGAAUGCUGUACGUAACACAGUAGAAAAAAUUAACGUACAGUCGCGGUCACUGAAUCGUUUUGUGGACGCAAGGGGCUAGGGGUAAGAAGGACGGUAUUCUACUUACUAGUAGUAAGUACUGCCAACGGGCGCCGUACUAACUAACAGUAGCAGAUCUCGAUGUAUUGAUCAAUUACGGUAGUCGAUUGGUUAAUGUGACAAACGUGAAUGGUCAAUUCCGCGAGAUUUGCGACCUGCGUUUGCGUCUCAUUGAUUGGCCAUUGCAUUGCGCGUAAAGGCCAUUCUGCAUAAGACCCAAGCACGA